AUGCAGAAGAUCAAUUUGCAGGCGGAAGUCGAAGAUCAAUUUUCAGCGGAACUCAAAUCUGAGCUUAAUGAAUUGCCAGGUUUUGUCGACUGGAAAGGAAAGCCUGCACGUAAAGAUCGCCAUGGUGGAAAGCGCUCCACCCUUUCUAUUUAUGUAAUGACCGGAGCAGACAGCUUAGCUUUUGUAGGGGUCAUGAUAAACCUUGUGACAUAUUUCUCGGCCUUUAUGAAUAUGGAAAUUGCCAAAGCAGCCACCACGCUGACUAAUUUUGUCGGUACCACUUUCCUGCUUGCACUGGUGGGAGGAAUUAUUUCUGACUGUUGGUUUACCAGAUUCAAAACACUCGUUUUCUCGGAUCUCAUACAAACAGCUGGAUACGUUGUAUUGUUAAUACAGGCGCACUAUAGCUCUUUAAGGCCUCCACACUGCAACCUAGCCGAUGCGACUGUGGUCUGUGUGAAAGUAAGCGGUGCCAAAAGUGGUAUGUUAUUUGUUGGACUGUAUCUGGUUGCAAUUGGAAGCGGAGGCACCAAGGCUACUGUGGCGCCUUUUGGAGCAGACCAGUUUGAUGACAGAGAUCCUGAUGAGAAAGGAAAUGUUUCCCACUACUUCAACAUGUUUUUCUUCAGCGUUACGGUGGGGGCAACUCUAGGAGUGACAGUGCUAGUUUGGGUUCAAGACAAUAGGGGUUGGGAUGCAGGUUUUGGAAUUACAGCUGGAGUCAUUUUGUUUGGAAUGGUGUGCAUUUUGCUUAGAUGUAACACUUAUCGUAACCGAAUUCCACAAAGCAGCCCACUAACUAGAAUUCUACAGGUAUUUGUCGUUGCAAUCAAGAAUCGAAAGCUUAAAACGCCAGAGAAUCCCAAUGAUAUUUUCAAGCUGGAUGAGGAGGAUGCGGAUUUGCAUACCGAGAGGCUUCUGCAUACAAACCAAUUCAAGUUUCUUGACAAAGCAGCUGUAGAAACAAACGUUAACAAGGGUAAAAAUUCCUGGUAUUUGUGCAGUGUGACACAAGUAGAAGAAACCAAAAUUAUAGUGCGAAUGAUGCCCAUAUUUGCAAGCACAGUAUUGCUGAGCACAUGCUUAGCACAACUACAAACAUUUACUGUUUCUCAAGGGGUGACCAUGGAUAGAAGCAUGGGAAAGCAUUUUAAAAUUCCAGCAGCAUCUCUGCCUGUAAUUCCUUUAAUUUUUCUAAACCUCGUAACUCCAAUCUACGAUAGAUACUUCGUUCCGCUUAUUAGCAAAUUUACUGGACAUGAAUCUGGAAUUACUCACUUACAAAGAAUUGGAAUUGGUUUAGUAUUGUCUGUCAUAUCCAUGGCCCUCGCUGCUAUUGUAGAGGUGAAGAGGAAACAUCUGGCAAUAGAAAAAGGAAUGGUGGACUCGAUACCAUUGAUCAUGCCGCCUAUUCCAAUGAGUGUAUUCUGGCUGGGAUUUCCCUACUUUGUUUUUGGAAUUGCAGACCUGUUCACAUAUGUGGGUAUGCUGGAAUUCUUCUACAGUGAAGCUCCUGUGACGAUGAGGUCGUUUGCCACUGCUUUUGCAUAUGCUUCAUUGUCAUUGGGUUACUUCCUCAGUAGUGUUUUUGUUAAUAUUGUAAAUGCUGCAACUCGCAACAUGACCGAGAGCCAUGGCUGGCUUGGUGGUAACAACCUCAACCGAAACCACCUUGAUCUAUUUUACUGGUUUCUAGCUAUACUUAGCGUGCUCAACUUUAUCAAUUACCUUUUCUGGUCACGCUGGUACAAGCGCAAACCAGUAGUUCCUUAUGAGCCUUGUACAAGGCAAUCAGAGAACGAAACAUAA